UCAGGUUGAAGUGAAGAUGAAUAAGCAGGGCCUCAUCAACGACACAGUCCUUAUCUCAGUGAGCCAUAGUCACGGCCCUGCCCUCUAAUUUCUGACUUCUGAGAACCCAACCAUUUUCAUUUCAUUUCUUUACAAGAUAUUAUCUUUACUCACCAUGGCGGGAACCGCCACGGCCACCUUCAAUAUCUCAUCAACUCCUUCUCUCCUCCGCCGUUCAUCAUUAAUUUCCCUUUCCUCUAAACCCUCCAUUCUGUCUCUGCGCCCUCUUCCCAAAUAUCCUAGGAUUUACGCCUUGUCUAGUAACGAUAUCAAAGUGGGUACCAACAUUGAAGUAGACGGAGCUCCUUGGCGUGUUUUGGAGUUUCUUCAUGUGAAACCUGGAAAAGGAGCAGCAUUUGUGAGGACCAAGAUGCGCAAUUACGUUACGGGAAACACUGUUGAGAAAACUUUUCGAGCGGGAAGUUCGACUGAACAAUUUCGAGCGGGAAGUCCUCUAAUUUGGAAUGCCAUGUUUUCACAGAACCCGUUUGAAGAAACUCGUAUUAACGAGAAAGAUGUUGGGGAUAAGACAAAGUUGCUGAAAGAAGGAAUGGAUUGCAAUUUGCUUUUUUGGAAUGGAAAAUUCAUUGCUGGAAAAUCUUUUACAGCUGACUGCUGUUAUAUGCUGAAAAGUUCAGUUAGAAUGUUUUGGCUCUUUGACAUACUGAAAAAUUCAAGCUACUGCUCCUUUAUUAAUGUUGCUACUGCUGUGCUGGAAAUGGUUUAA